UAAACUUCAAUCAGAAAUUGGACGGACGUGGAAAAAUAUAUUUCACCUGUGUAAAAUAUAAAAACAAAUGCCAAUUGUGGAUAGGUAACUCGUUAUUCCAUACUGAAGUUAAUUUGCAUAACUUCAUACCAUUCUGAAUACGGAGAAUUAGCAUUUGCGAUAAGAAAAAACUAAAGCAUAGAGUGAAGUACUUGAAUGGGAGCAGUUUUGAUAACAGCCAAGGAAUUCAGUGUACAUAAGCAACAAAUACCUAUACGAAAGUAAUAACUGGGAGUUACAUUAACUGCGUAACAUUCACUUGCCUCGCUUUGUUGAUAUAAUGAAUAUCGGAUGGUGUAAUUGAUUUGCCAAGCAGUUUUCAUACAGUUAAAGAAAGGUAUAGUACGGCAGUGAAAGGCAGUGUUUAAAAAUGUUUGCUUCGUUGAAAAACAAAAUAAAAGAAGAAACUGGUUCAGAUGUGGCUACCGCAGCAACGAGUACGCGGCACACAAACCAUAACAACAAUCGAAUACGAAGUCGUUUCUCCUCGACAUUGAGUGUUAAUUCCACUAAUGAGGACGCCGGAGGAGGUGGCAGCGCAGAUUCACAGGGUUAUGUGUCAGAGCAAUUCUCCACAUUGCGCAGUCAAUGCAAUGAACUGACCACCAAAGUGACUGAACUAAAUUCUCGGCUGCAAUUGCUUCAAGAAGAAAAGACACGCAUCGAAAAGACCAAUGAAAUUCUCUUGGAAACAGUCAAAGUUGCCCAAACGCAAAAGGACAUCUACUGUGAGGAACAGGAGAAGAUACAAAAUCUACAACAAGGCGAAAUAGAAAAAUUAAAAAAUUUAUUAUCAUUCCGCGAGCAAGAAGCUGUUGAUCGACUUUCAGCUAUGCGACAAAAUCAGCAACAAAUUGAAAAUCUAACCAGUGAACUUGAACGACUGAAGCAAUAUGAGCCGAUGGUAGAGGAUUUACAGGAUGAACUGGAACGUCUGCGUCAUUCGUCACAGCUGGGAAAAAAUAAUUUGACAACUACACUUGCUGCUGUCGAGGAGGAAAAUCGUCAUUUAAAAAUGCGUUUACAAAUAAUGGAACAAGCGCGUUUAGAUGCUAUAAAUACAUUUAGCGCAGAUGAGAAAAUGCAAGCGCUCGUGCAAGAACGCAAAAUGCUCGAACAGCAUCUGGAAGAAGCCCAUCUUCAGCUGUCCGAUAUAAAGAGUACAUGGAGCGGUCAGAACUUAUCAUUGGAAACGCAAGUAAGCCGCUUGUCCAAGCAAGUUGCGGAAGAAACGACUGAAAAACGAAAAGCAUUGAAGGCACGUGAUGAUUUAAAUGAAAAAGUGAAGCAAUUAGAAUUUGAAAUGAUGAAACUUAGGGAAGACAUGAAGCAGCGUGAUGAUAAAAUAAAACUGCUUGAAGAAGAGAUCGAUGAAUUGAAUUCGGCCUUAAAGGAAUGCCGCGAGGAGAAUGAACAGCAAAUUAUCUACGAACGGAAUAAGGCUGAGACACUAGAAAAUGAAACUAAGGAACUAAAGUUACGCAUCAGUACCGCAGAUGAACGCUUCAGCGAGUAUGCCACCAAUGCGGAACAUGUUGCACAGUCGUUACGCCAGCAAAACGCGCAGCUACAAGAACAGCUGAACGAAGCUUUAAAUCUGCUGGAAACGGAAAAGGAAGAAAAGCUAACAGCACUGUUGCGAAAUGCAGAGAUAUCACAAAGUGAGGAGAUCCUUCGCAAAGAAUUGCGCAUCGAACGAGAUGAGGCUAAUGAUUUAAAUGAAAAGAACGAACAGUUGACAAGCGAAAUGCAAGCCAAAACGCAAGAGAUCAAGCAAUGUAAAAUCGAGAUGGAGGAUUUAAAGACUGUGAUGUAUAAGAAUAGUGAGAAGCUAAAGGAGAUCGAUGAAAUGCAACGGGAAAUAAGCGAGAAAAAUAAGACAAUAAAAAUUCUGAAUCAACGUUUGGCGGAUUUGAAGAAAACUCUGCAGAAGGAAUUUCACAACGCUAAAUCAAUCGAAGUGGAAAAAGAGCGUAACGGUAACUGCAUUGCGGCCAAACUGCCAAGUACGGCAGAUGUACUUGCAUCCAACACUCCAUUUUUGAGUGAGCCGCUGUCAUGCGAACACUGCGGCAUGAGCGUAAACACCACCAGCAAUAUCACAACCACUGGUACCAAUAGCAUAGUUAUGGAUGAAGUCAAUUUUAAAUAUUUAAAACACGUAAUUGUGAAAUUUCUUACUAGUCGAGAGGUAGAAGCACGUCACUUAAUACGCGCUGUUUCGACACUGUUAAGACUCACCAAAGAUGAAGAGAAAUUACUGCAAGAUACGCUAAAUUGGAAAAUGAGUUGGUUUGGCUCGAAGCCGAAUCAUGGUAGGGGCCAACAUUCGUUCUCUAUACCGCCGAGUUAAUACUAAAACUGCAUUUAUAAAUAUUAAAGUGCAUAAUAACAAACAUUUAAACAACAUGUCACAUGUUGCUAGUUGGACUCACCCAGCCGAUCGAUUAAUAGACUUUUAAAACUAAACCAGCUACGUUAGCAACGUUUUACGUACGCAGCAUUUAUUAUAAGAAUUAUUGACUAAUUACACGGUGCUACAAAAAAAAGUCAUGAAAUAUACCCGAAACAAAACCUAGUGUAGCUUGUAGCUAUGGUAGAGUGCAACGUAAAAAUAGGUUCCGUGUAGUUCGUGAACCCUCCAUUUUUAUUUUAUAUAAAAACAACCGUUAUGAUCGUACUUUAUGCACUUAUCUAAGUAUUAAGAGAUUAACUAAUUGUCAUCCGAUUUUAAAAACCAAACAUAGUUAGGAAAGAGGAUUUAUAGACCUUACGAUCAAGUAGUUUUUGAGAUAUGCAUAUAUGAUAUAUGUUCAGGAACUAUUCGGAACGGUUUUGUUUCGGGUGUAUUUUAUGACUUAUUUUGUAGCACGGUGUUUUUUAUGCAUAUUCCACAUAUUGGAAUAUGAUCAACACUACUAGCACCGUACUCCUUUCCUUGAAUGAUAAUAGAAAGAGCGAUAUCACUGAGUUUAGAUUGUUAAGGCUAUUGAAAUUCGCCAAAUGUUUUUGUUGAAAGUUUUAGUUAAUAAGCAUUCUUUUCAUUGACGUAAUGUAAAAAAAUAAUAAUUUUUGAUCACAAACUUUCCAAACGAUUUAAGUACGAGUCCUGUAGUGUUAUCUUCGUUCAUAUUGUUUCGAGCUUAUCAUUCCAUUAUGUAGAUAUGAACAUGUAUGUAAUUUUUGAUAUGUAUUUAUUUUCUAUUUGUAUAUAUUU